AUGAUGAAGAAGAUUGCGAUUGCAAGAGAGAGACCUGAUCUUCGGCGUUUGGUGUGUGGUGCGAUUAAGGACGCUAAUUCAAAGAGUGUCUUCGGUGUUGAACGCUGCUCUGAUAUUCUGCGGUAUUUGAAGAGUUUGCGUCUCUCUGUCAAAGAUCUUCGUAGCUCUGAAUCGAUACUUCCUUUGCAGAGUCUAAUAGAUCAUGAAAACCCUAAGAUUCGUAUGGGAACUCACGUCUUGUUCAACUCUUGGAUGAAGACUCUUUAUUCAAGCGGAAGAUCAGACUCUAGUACUACCGGCAACAAAGCUAUUCCCUUGAAUCCGAAGAUCAAAUCUGAUGUUGUUAAAGUAUGUUCCAAGUUGAAGAAAAAGACCGAGUUUUUGAGGUUGAAGAAGAACGAAGAUGAGAAAUCCCAGGCUCGUGAAAUCGAUGGUUGCAAGUCUUUUGCCAAAAGGACUCUUCAGACACAGAAACAGGCUUCUCUACCCGUCAAAGUAGCUGAAAACCCUCCAUCCUUGAAGAGCGUGAGAGACAAGACUUGCAAAUCGAUUCACGAAAACCCUAGAUCGGGAAGGCCUCUCCAUACGAAGAAGCAACUCCUUGUGAAAGUCUCUGGAGACCCUAAAUAUUGCCCUGCCUUGAAGAAGAACUCAUCGGAGAUGCUGGAGCUGUUCGACAUAGCCAAGAAAUCAGCAGAUGUGGCUAACGCAAAGGGACUUUUGACGGCUAAUGCAGAGACAUCGAUAUGUGUAGACACUCUCACUUUACUCGUGAGCUUCCCCGUCAGCUCGACAGAUCCGGGAACAAGGAGGAUCAUGGAGAAGCUUGAGCGUCUAACAAAGCACAAAGACCGCAAAAUCUGCAAUUCCGCAUCACAACUUCUUAACCAUUGGAGGCAGAGCAUUAGAGAUCAACAACGCCAACAAGACUCGUAA